AUGGAGGAAUUGGCUGCCUGCAAGGAAUGGCAGAAGAUUCAAGACAUGAAGAUGAAUAUCGAGCUGGAGAUUAAACUCAAACAGAGUGAAGGCGACCGGAGAAAGGCGUUGGAGGCAAUUACCACAGCAUCACAAACGACCCUGUUGAACCUGAGAGAUCUCAAGUGCCUUUCAAACGACAUCCUCCGCCUCGUGUCCACCAUGAGCCAUCUGAAGAGCAUUGACCUCACCGCUACCGCAGGCUUCGGUGCAGAGGGCGUCAAGCACCUCUACAGGCUGCCUCGGUUGGAAGUGCUAGGCCUGGAGAAUACAGGUGUCUCAGACAAUGCCUUGGAAGGCAUUGGAUCUUUGACCAGCCUCAAGUUGCUUGAUCUCGAAGCGACCAAGGUGACCAAUGCUGGCCUGCAGCACUUGACAGCACUAUCAUCUCUCAGACUGCUGUGGCUUUCUGAAUGUAAGGGUGUGACGGAUGCGGGCAUGAUGCACGUAAGAAGGCUGACAGGCCUUGAGGAGCUUGCUCUGGAUGGCACGGCAGUCACGGAUUACGGGGUGCAGCUACUGACUCCCCUGACGAAGCUGAUAACUCUCUUGCCGCCAAAAGGGUUUUGGAUUGAGAACGAUGGCAUGGAGGUACGCAGGCGGAUAGUCGGAUUGCAGGAUUGGAUGAUGAUGGGAAGGGACAUGUGGUGA